GUGCUCAGUUGUGUCGCGCAUUGACCGCUUUCGCACCGUAGAGUCAGGCUCUUCUGUGGCAAUCCUCUCUUCUCUCUCUUUUUUUUUAUUUCGGAACAAAACAGCGCAGCAUCAUUGUCGCCGUUGUGAAAGUGCGUUGACCGAAUAUUUGAUAGAUACAUAAAAAUGGAAGCUGGAGGGGUAUUGACAGCAGAGCGUAGUCCAGCUCGUGCAAACUUACAUGUGGCAUUUACGGAGAAAGGUGAGGUAAAGGAGAAGAGAGAGAAGUUUUUGACUGCUAAGUAUGGAUCACAUCAAAUGUCUCUGAUUCGCAAAAGGCUUGCCGUAGAAAUGUGGCUUUUUGAAGAACUUCAAAAACUGUAUGAGACUGUGAAUGAGAAUGGAAACAGUAGAGAAGUUGAAGUAGAUAUUGAUGAGCUCCUUGACAUGGAUAGUGAUGAGCACAGAAAGAGUUAUUUACAAGCAUUGCUUGUUGAUGCCAAGAAACCACCUCAUGAUGUCAAGAAAUUUAUAAAUGAUUUAUUAGAGAAAGCCAAAACACUCUGAACUGCAAGAUUCAACUUUAGUGACACCUGCAUUGCAACACACAAAGAGUUGCAAUCAACUUGGCCCUGGAAGAUGUGUAAUAAAUAUGCAUUUUUCAGUGAGUUGCACAUUACAAGAACUGAUUUACUUACGUUAUUAGGCGAGGAUUUGGAUUAACAUGAUAGUCUUAUCAAGGAGUCUCACUCAACAAGUAUUAAAAUAUUUGAUUCUAUACAUUAUAUAAUGCAAGGUACAAUGUAGGAUUUUCUGUUUUUUAAAAUGAACAUUUUUUAAGAGCGAUAAACGUCUAGCUACAAAACGAGAAAAAUACAAAAUACCCGUAUUAUUAUUAAGAGCAAUUAAGCACUAAAUGUAGAAAUUGUUUUCGAGCGACCAAAUUGCUAGCUUAAAAAAAACUGCCUAAUUUUUGAUCUUGAAUAGAUUAAAAUCUUUUUGUCUAAAGCAACAUUCCUCAGAAAAUAAGUUGCGUACGUAUACAUACAUACGUAAAGAAAAUAAAAAUCGCGGUAGUCAUUGUGCGAUAUGGUUGUUUGUUUCAUGUAACGAUUUUAUUACGAGUUCUAUUUAUUUGCAUGUAAUUAAUUUGAUGUUCAUGUCAUUGAUAUAAUUUAUUUUAUCUUCCAUGUGAAUUAUUUUAAUAUUUUUGUUGUGGUGCUCUAUUCAUGCGUAAUAUGUCGACAAAUGAGUUUUUGAUUCUCAGAAUAUUUUUUGUUUUUCUUUUGUUUUUAGAAUGAUUAGUAUGAAAAUAGCAAUGGCUAUGGUACAAACUAUGUAUAAACUACCAUGCAAUUUUCACGGAAUUUUUUGUAUUAUCGCGAGAGCUGAAUUUAUUCUUUCACAUACCUGCACUAAAAUAUUUGAUGAAACUAUGAUGGCACUUCUGUUGUAUCAUGCCUGCAUCGUUAAGUGCCAAAUAGGGUAUAUAAACUACAGACAAAAAAUAAUCACGCCAAAUCAUGUAUGAAAUCGCAUUUAUCCGCUCAUAGUCGCGCGUUUAAUUGACUUUUAGAAACUUAGUAUGUGUAAUUUUUCGUCUCGAAGCACUGGGACUUGGACGACAGCUUCCGCCGCAUGAUCUCAAAAGUUCUUAGUCGAAGCUUCAUAUCUCAUCGCAAAACAUAACAAAAAAUGCUCCUUAACUUAAAUAUCGUAAUUAAAAGUAAAGCAGAUAAAAAAAACCGACCGACAUUAUGCAAUUUCGUAAUGAUCACCCUGCAUCCGUCCAAUGAAUUAAGAUUUGGAUAGGUAUAUUUUUGCAAGGGUGACUUGUACGUCGUCCAAUACAAUUGAACGAUCAUUUUUAUAUAGGAAAACAUGUAACGAAGCCGUGCAAUUUUUAGCUUUUAACAAAAAUGAUAGUUUAAUUAAACCAUCGUGUCAUGCAAUUUUUCGCAAAUUUUAGACAAUCACCAAAAUAAAAGAAAAUAAACGAACAAAAAAACAUAUUUCUCGUUUUUGUGGAUCAAUUUUAACGCAGAAGCUGUCGGAACAGCCUUCAUGAUUAACAUAUCUCAAUUUUCCAAGCCGCUUAUCUCUGUGGAAUAAGUGCCGGACCGGGAAAAUAUUAUUAUUAUCAAAAUAAAUGAAAUAAAGUAUAGUUUAUCGUUCGCUUAGCAUUUCUGGAAAAUUCGACUGCUUUUUUACAAUUAUUGAAAAAUGUUCGUCGUUUUGUCUUAAAAAAUAUUGUACCUUAUAAGAGCUUAUACCUUAAGCAUACGAGGCUUAUUUCUCAUAUAGAAUUUCUAAUAAAUGUUUAUUUACGAAAGUACGUAUUUUAAAGAGCUAACAUUUUAUACUUGAACAUUGAUGAGGGAUUAAACUCACAAGAGGCGCACGUAAUUCUGUGUUUGAUUGUACUUUAUCUCGAUUGUUGGUACUUGUUUACAUGUUCAAUAAGCAAGAAAGAAGAAGAAGUAGAUAGAGAGCGAAACUGAAAGUAUAUCGUAGCAAGCAAGUAUAUGAAGUGAAAGAUCUCUUUCUUUAUAUCGUCACUUUUUUUAUUUGGUAAAUAGGUAAUUUAUGAAGCAUUCAUAAGCAUCGACUGAUUUUGCAACGUAUCUUUUGUUGUAUUAUUGUAAAGCACAAUAGAAUUGUCGCGUAAAUAUAACCAAAACCUAUUCUAUCGAUGCUUAUCAUUGAAAAUUAUUAGCGCGUAACUCACACGACACACUAAUAUUAUUCAUUUGUAAGUUCGAUUAAUAAGUAUAAACCGACGAACCAUAAUAAUCAGACUUUGCGUAUACAUACAUGUAUAAUACACAAAGAUAGCUACGUUUGAAUUGAUCUGUAAGCCGCACACGUAUUUAUAUUCUGUAUAAUCAUGUCGACUGCAUCACGAUAUAUACACGACAAAUUUUUCAAUGUUCCAUGUGUCUGUAUGUAUGCAAAAAGAUGUAAGCCUCCCGCAUGCUUUUCGUUUUUUGUACAAGAUUAUAGCUUUUACAGCUCUUGCGCAAUAAUUAUUUUAUAGUCAAAUCAAAACCAUCACCGUAUGCAAUCGCAAUAAGGAAAUUUACUUUUUAGGCGGGCAUUAAAGAUUUUCCGUAGACCGUAAUCGGGCAAAACAGAUUUAUGAUAUUUAUUUAUUUUUAUUUUGACAUUCGAUUAGACUAGCAUCACAUAUCUGCGUAUAUGAUACAUACACAGGCUUUGUGUUCAUCUUUUGCAAAAACUAAUGCUUGAUCUCUUUGUUCACGUGCACACGUAUAUAAUGUAUAACGGACAGGUGCACUGGCAAAUCAAAAAGCGAACAGAAAGAAGAAACGAACGUUAAUAUAAGUACAUGCCUACACGUGUAUCAUUUGCGCCGAGUGAAAAAAAAGAAAGAGAAGGCAAUUUCGUUCUGUGGAGUAUAUGUCGUUACGAGAAGAAGAGUGAGCGCCCUUUAUAUCACGAUGAUCGACCGACUACAACAUUUUCGCAUUUUCGUGGAGUAAACCUUUUUAUGCGACGGUAAUAUUUGAGUGUAGGAAUCGAUUUAAUUAUAUAAUAUUCAAGCUUAAUUGAUAACUCAAGCAAAAAAUACGUACUAAAUAAUUUUCAUUGAUAGGCAUACAAUGUUCUGCAUCGGAAAAACUCCAUUGUUGUAGGAAAAUUGAGUUGUAUGUAUCUUUUGUCGUGGUUGGUUCUAAAAUUUCAAUAAUUGUUCAACGAAAAAAAAAAUAAGAUAACAAGUAAAUUAGCGCACAAAAUAGAAACAACGUUGAAAUGUACUUCAACACGCCGAGUUGUAUUGUUGCGAUCGAUUGAGCUGUGAUAAUUUAAUCGAGAAAAAAAAAAUAAUUCUUGCCUCCUUCACUUUCUCUAUUCUUUUUUGUUAGUACGCUCGCAGUGUAAGAAAAAGAAAGAGUGACGAAGAAGCUGAAGUAUUGCAACCAAAGAUUGACCGAUCAGACAUAGGAUGAACAAUAAUUAAGCGGCGUUUUCCGAAUGAAUUUAUCACACUCAUAAAAAUUCUUAUUUUUCCCUUUCGCGCUGCGCUAAAGUAAGUGUAUGAAUAGCCGAAAAUGAAAAGCUUUUUGCUCUUCGACGAGGAUUUAUCAAUUUUUUUGAAGAAAAAAUCUCACCGUGAAAUUUUCUAUAAAUAAGCAAAACUGUCAGAGAAUAUUUUCACACUGUACUUACUUUCAAUAUCUUGGGAAAAGAUCCAGUUAUGUCGAAGAGCGAAAGUUUCUUUUCUUCCAAGAAAAAAAAUUGUUUUUAGUAAUAUAUCGAUGGGAUUCAUGAUGAAUGGAGCUGAAUACAAUUGUAACGCGAUUAUACAUAUAUAAAUGAUAUUUACUUUGAUAGUGGAUUGUAGUUAACUGUGUGAAAACUAAACAAACAAAAAAACUAUUGGUAUUUUCUGAUUUUUAUACGUUUGUGUCAAUCGUCUGAAUAAUGAGUAUACUGUCUUAAACGAACAUAGGACUUUAAAAAAACGAACAAAUUUCAUGCUGAAUGAGCGACAGUUUAACAUGUCAUGAUUGAAUUAGAAUAUCUUGUGCGAUACAAGUGAUGAUUUAGAAAACAAUACACGAUUUAAAAUGGUGAUUUGCAUUUGUUAUUGAUCUCUUAUUCCCUUCUGGUCUCAGCUUACGUUUUAA